AUUCUCAGCAACCACUGCCCAAACCUACCCCCAGACCACGAGUUGUUUAUGUUCUCCGUCUGUAAUCUUGGUUGCAAGCAUGAACUUGACUAUGAGUGAACUGUGCUACAUGAAGUUAGAUUGGUAAACAGAGUGAAAAUAUAUAUUUAUAGCAUUGUCGGCCAGAAAAUGAAAUAAUCAAGAGACUAUUUUAAGCAGGAAUGAUUUCGACCUUCCGUGAAACAGGUUUGAAUGUGUAUCUCUUCUGAAUGUCGUCCUUAACAGGGAUUGUAAGUCGAGAUGCUAAGAUUAUGUUGGUCGCUGACGGUCAUUCAUCUUUUACUCUUACAACUCAUUUAUCCAUCAAGAAUUCAUCAAUCAGCCUCCAACCCAGCCUCACAACCUCGCUUCCAUCCAUCCUCACAUCCAGCCUCAAAUCCAGCCUCCUACAGAUCCCAACCCAGCACUCAGGUUCGCCACACUGUUCCAAAUCUCACGCAUAUAAAAUCAGACAGACUUGUACAGGAUGUUGGAGUCAAAGAGAAUCUAAUAGUGGACACAUACAAACAAACUCAAGGAGAAUGGUUGGUGCAGAAAAACAUUUCAGCUCCUUACCCAGAAGUAGGAGGAGUAGGAGGAGGGGGCGGGACACUAUUAAAGGUUUUAAACUUGAACCUGUGGGGCCUGGGCUGGCCGCUAGGCGAGGACAAAGAUCUCAGAUUUAUGGCCAUAAGAGAAGAGCUUGUUGCAGGAAACUAUGACAUAGUCAUGCUUCAGGAGUUAUGGUACAGAGCAGACUAUGAUAUUCUGAGAGCUACAAUGCCAUAUGUAUCACAGUAUGACAGUAUAAACUCUGGCUGUACUAGUUUUAUCCUACCCCUGGGGUGCUCAGGGCUAACUGUUUUAUCUAAAUAUCCUAUAGUGGAUGUUCGAUUGAUUCCGUUUAAUCAUCGAGGAAAUUUUUGGAGAUUCGAUGGAGAAAUAUUCGUUAGAAAAGGGCUAGGUAUAGCUCGCAUUCUGUAUUUAGACAAAACUAUAGAUGUCUUCACAACUCAUCUAGUUUCUUAUACUAAGGCGGAUGAUAACAAGUUAGUUCGAUAUAUGCAGGCCACAGAGACUGUAAAUCUAAUUUCUAAGUCAGAUGCUGAUAUAACCCUAUUUGGUGGAGAUAUCAACGCUACUCCUAUUGACAACAUGCAUCAACCGUAUGGUAUGCUAAGAACUGUUCUGAAGGAUGCUAUGGUGGAUAAGUAUCCAGGUUCCUCCUUCCAUCCCCUCUUCGCUACAUUUGGAAACUCAGAGAACACUUACACAAGGCAUUAUAAACCGGAGAGAAUAGACUACCUCAUGUAUAGGAGUAUUGACAGUAUAUCAAUGAAAACUGUUGAGUUUACUAUGCCGAUAAUGUUAACCAGGGCUGCUGAUGGACGAAUUAUCUCUGUAAGUGAUCAUGAACCCUUGUCUGCCACCUUUCUAAUCCAUGAUUACAGGAAUCAUACUCAAGCUAGAACACUGAAUUAACUGCAGCAGGACUUCAUUUUCAAACCAUUCAUCCAUCACUUUUCAUUUAAUCCAUUUAUUUAACAACAUAUAGAAAUAUAUUCAAGAAUAUAAGCUUAACUAUACGUCAAUGAAAAAAGUGCUUAAGCUGAACCAUACAAAAUACAAAUCAAUUUUAAACUGUUUGUAAAUAAAAAAGAAAUCGUUUUUACUUGAAAAAGGAUUUUUAGUAGUUAAACAUAUUUGUAAAUAACAAGUAAUUUGUGUACACAUUCACUAAGCAAUAACAAUAUGUAGAAACAAUAACUAACAUAAACAAUAAGUAUAAAAAACAAUAACAUUUACAAAAUUAGAACAUUUUUAACAAGCAAUUAAAAACUGUUCAUGAGCAUAAACAAAUUUUUCAUGAGCAAAUUAAACUGUUCAUCAGCAAUAAAUAGUUUAUGUUGCUCAUAAAAAUAUUUAAGAAAUUUUUAUUUUAGAUAUUGUUAUUUCUACCAUAUUAUCAGAGGUCGAAUUUAAUGACUAAAGGAAGAACUAGUUUAGACUUCAGCAGAACUGACUAGUUUUAAGACAUAAAAUAAGUCAUUUUAAAAAAUGCGUUUUGUAAAAUAUGUAAAAUUAUGAAGAACUCUUCAGCUUCAGAAGGUUUUUAUAGUUAUUACUCGAUUUCCUGCAGAGUCUUUGAUUCUUAAAUAAGACUUUCAUUUUCUAGUCUGACUUAAAAUGACUUUUUGUACAGUGUACAUAAAUACAAUAUAUACGUUUCUAAAGUUACGAAAAAUUCAACGUCUUGAAAUUUCUGAGCUUGAUAAAUUGUAAGCAGUCGAAUUUAUCUUUUUUUUCUUCUAGUUAAAUAAAUGUCGUCUUUCAGCUAGAAGUUAUUUUCUCUGUUUUCCAAACCUAAUCAUAUAGUCACAAUUGUUUAUCAUGUACACAACCAGUGUACACAAUUGUUUAUCAUGUACCAACGAACACUCGUCAUUUAAGUAUUUUUGUAUUCAGCCAAGAAUGCAUGUAAUGUAAUAAAUGUAUUGUGUACAAGCUUUAGUGUACAAGAACUAGUGUACACAAUACAGUGUACAAGAUACAGUGUACACAAUACAGUGUACACAAUACAGUGUACAAAAUACAGUGU